UUUUUUCAACAAGCUUCUAAUAUGCUCAGCUUGCUUUUGCAAAUUAAAUGCUAUAUUUUCUUUCUUACUCUUAUUUUGUACAAUACCGAUACAAAUGUUUGUAAUGCUCAUGAAAAACAAACCGAACAAGAGGCUGCUAUAGUCGCGCGGUCUUUAGUGUUUGAUACUGGAACUGGAACUUUAGUAACUGUAAUGAACAAAUUUGCAAAGGAAGAGUUACAAGGGUAUCCAUUUGGUCUAUUUGACUAUUAUUCUGAUGACUGCCCUUCAUCCGGUAAUCCUUUGAUGCUUUUGUCUGAUUAUCAGUUGAAUGUCAAAAAUGCUCGCGAAAAUGAUUUUAAAGUAUCAUUGAUGAUCCAAAAGUUCAGUAAAAAUGAAACCUACUUUCCAAUGGCUGAACCAAGAUUAAAUUUGUUUGGUAAAUUAGUGAAAAUUGAAAAAGAUGAGAUCCCAGCAGUAAAGAAAUGCUUCUUGAAAAAGCAUCCACGAGCGCGUAGUUGGAUCCCCGGCAGAGGGCAUGAAUUUAACUUUUAUCGAUUAAAAGUGAUUGAUAUUUAUUUUGUCGGUGGUUUUGGAGAGUAA